AAGCGUGCUUAGGAUUAAGUGAAAGAAUAGUUAAUAUUGUAAAGCAUCCACAUCCACUUGUAGAUUUAUCUGGAAAAAAUAUUAAUGUUAAAGAGAUGAAAAAAAAAACAAAAACUUUAAGAGAGAUUCUUAAUUCUUUAGCCAAAAGUGAAGCAAAUUUACCUUGUUUUAACUGGAUUUCAUAUCAUAAAACUCUUAGCAAUGAGACCAAAGCUAAAGUUGAAAUAUUACAAAAUUCAGGACUUCACGUGUGCCAUUAUCAGGAAAAUGGAGGUGAUUUAGCUAUACAAGACUGGGUUGCUGUUCAUGUUGUAGCUAUGGAUGCUUUUGCGAAUGAAUCGACUUUAACCUUUUUAAGACAAUAUCAAGGUAGAGAUAUACAAAUUUUUGAUAACAAGUAUCAGACACAUAAAGGUGAAUCUGUAAAAAUUCUUUAUGGCCCAGACAAAAGAUCAGAGGCUAUGCGUAAAGGACUUUGGAUGCUUCAAGAAGAUGUUUCACCUAUCUUGACACGUGUUUAUUUUGGUCAAAUGGAUGGAAAACAACGUCAAGAGGAUUUUGCUGAUAUUAAUUCUACCUGGAGUGGUCAUGAUUGCAUAAUUUAUACAAGCACUGUGGAAGCUGGUAUCUCCUUUGAAGUUCCUAAUCAUUUUGAUGCAAUUAUAGCAAUUAGUAACAUCAAUACAGGAGUUCAUGUUGAAGCUUUUGCACAAAUGCUUUGUCGAAUUCAUCCAAAUCAUGACCUUAUUUGCGCAGAACUUUCAGCCUUAAGACCUGGAGACUUACCAGUUGCUAUAAAGGGAUGUCGUGAAUGGAACAAAAUUGCUGAUUGUUAUGCUCUUGACUCAUCACAAGCGGUAGAAACUUAUAUAAAGGUUGAAUAUCAGAGACGCUUAUCAGCCAAAUAUUUUCUCGAAAUUCUUUGCAGUCUUAUCGCUAGAGUUGCAAAAAAAAUCGAAGUUACUGAUGCAGAAUUAAUAGCCAAUUCUCCAGAUAUUGGUCCCAAUGAAGCUGAAUUACUUAAGCAGAUUCCUACACAUUUAUUUGCUGAUAAUAUGAUUCUGCAACGAUAUUAUUUAUGGAGAACAUAUGCUUUGGGUGAUAUUGGAGAUAAAGAUGACAUUCAAGAUUGGGGUAUGGAUCAUACAGACUGGACUAAACUCUGUGAUACAGAUUUUGUAAAAAAUUUUAAUAGUCCUGAACCUUUACAACAUUUUAGAAGACUUGCUUAUUUCUGA